GUGGUGGUGGCGCACGCCUCUUAUCCCAGCACCUGGGAGGCAGAGGCAGGCGGGAUAUCUGUGAGUUCGAGGUCAGCUAGGUCUACACAGUGAGUUCUAGGACAGUCAGAGCUACAAGGGGGAAGGGGAGAGAGUGGAUCGUGAUGUCCUCAAGUUUCACCGCUACGACUUGUACAGCUACGAAGGAGGGGCGGGCCAAGCGCAAGGAACGGAGUCUCAUUCGGUAACAAUCCAUGGGACACGUCCUAACCCUUGCAGGGUUUUUCAGGACUAACGAAGGACCACAGGGCCAGCCGCGCGCCUUCGGACGCAGCCCCACCGCGCAGGAAGCGGCCGGCCGAGGAGGUUCUGAAACCCGAGCUCCGUUCCAGAAAACGCGAGCUCUGAAACCGCGAGCACCAGCCGAACCGCAUCGGGCCGCCUCUGCCUACACACGUCGGCGCGCCACGUCACCCGCGCGCGCCCCGGAUGCACUUCUGGCCGGGGGCGGCGACCCGGAAGCAGCUGCGGGCGCCGGAGCAGGCGGGCGGGACCGGCGCGGAUGUGGCGAAGCUGCUGAACGCAGGUUCCGCGGUAUGGCGGGGACGGCGUUGAAGAGGCUGAUGGCCGAGUAUAAGCAAUUAACCCUGAAUCCUCCAGAAGGAAUCGUGGCAGGCCCCAUGAAUGAAGAGAAUUUUUUUGAAUGGGAGGCAUUGAUCAUGGGCCCUGAAGACACUUGCUUUGAGUUUGGUGUUUUUCCUGCCAUCCUGAGUUUCCCACUUGACUACCCCUUGAGUCCUCCGAAGAUGAGAUUUACCUGCGAGAUGUUCCAUCCCAACAUCUAUCCUGACGGGAGAGUCUGCAUCUCCAUCCUGCAUGCCCCGGGUGAUGAUCCCAUGGGCUAUGAGAGCAGUGCAGAGCGGUGGAGCCCUGUGCAGAGUGUAGAGAAGAUCCUACUUUCAGUGGUGAGCAUGCUGGCAGAGCCCAAUGAUGAGAGUGGGGCGAAUGUAGAUGCUUCCAAGAUGUGGCGGGAUGACCGUGAGCAGUUCUACAAGAUCGCCAAGCAGAUCGUACAGAAGUCUCUGGGGCUCUGAGACCACACCUGUGUGCACACUGAGCAGUCCAGCGCUGUCCUCCAGAACACCUGGCAACAGUGCUGCCAUGCCGACACCAACACAGGCAACUGCAGAGCCACGGCACCUAUGUUCCUUUCUUUCCACCCCAGACAGGCAGCUCCUCAGAAAUCAUGACUGGAAUAUUGACAGCUGCUGCGCUGCAAAAGACUCCUCCUGCCGCGCCUCAGGGAGGGGUCCAGGCUGUCCUCACUACCUCUCCCAGCCAUGGGGUCCUCAGCUCUGCUCCUUCCUACAGGUGUUGAGGGCCUGCCUCUGUCAUCUGCCAGGGACUGCUGGUACCAAUGCUGCUCCUUCUGAGGACAUGGGACCUUGGAAAAAGCAAUGUGGGCCUGCUGUCCCUGCCUCUCAGACCCAGGUGUCACAGGAAGCAUUCUGAGCUUCUUUUGACACUUUGCACUUACAAGCCUAGGUUGCCUUUGGCAUGGUGACAGAGGCUUGCUGUGUGCAUUACAGGUGUCACCGUAGCCCCCUCCAUGGGAUGCUUUGUAAAUGGGUUCAUGAGAAGAGACAUGGGUCACCAAGACUGCUGCUUUUCCUGGUGGCAUCCAUGUCUGGGUUGCGGUGCACACGAGAGUGGCCGGGGACUUCCCGAGCUUUCGUGUGGGUCUGACCUGGGGGUUCUGUUUAUACAUUGUGGUUGCGCCAGGGUUAGCUCUAGGAUCACAUUGUUCGUCACGGUCAGGGUUAGAAGGGAAUGCGCCACUAGGUGCUCAGCAGAGGUGCCAGGGGAGGAGGGUCUCUAACAGCAGGGCCGUGCUGAGCAACUGCCCGAGCAGGCCCACAAGCAAUAACAGAUCUUCAGUGUAAGUGGAUGCUUGGCCUUUUCUAAACAGGUUAAACACGAGUUUCUAUUUUUAAAAUGCAGCUCAUCUGUGGGCGGUGCAGCAGAUCUCACCGCACAGUCUCUGCUUCUCCCCCCCCCCCCCCCCCCCCGCCCACAUGUCAGUGGCCAGCGCUGUGCAUGUUUCAUGGUGUUAAUAGUUCCCAGCUCUGGGGCUCCAGCAGCCACCUGUGGGGACCUUGUGCUUUCCUUCUCCAAGGGGUGUGUGUGUAGCGGGGGGUCUGUUUCUUUUGGUAACGCAGCAGAAUUCGGUGUUGGGAGUUGUAGGAGAAGGGGCUUGUACCGAAAUAGUAUUUGUAUGCCACUGAGAAGAAGCCCUCUCUGUAAAGAGGUGCUCUGUGUGGGGGCACCACACGCAGUGUCCACAGGGCAUGUUGCCACCCCAGGCCUCCCUGGCAAGUGGGAGGAAGAGAGGCAGUCUCUUCAAAAAACAAAGUAUUUUUAUUCAUUUGUAUUUAUUAAAUGAAAAAAGAUCUCUGCUGUCCCUCUUCUGUGGUGGACUUUAAUUGCUGUUAAAUAAAAUUGUAUAUCCCAUCGUCA